ACCCGGGUUCCCCCGCUCUCUCCUGAUGUGGUACAGUCCACAAUAGUGACGUAUGUCCCAAACACGGAAGUAAACGACAGACUGAUGCAACCAUAUGUUUGUAUAUAUCUAUGGAUGCAACUGCCAAAUGAACACACGUGAAAGACAGACAGUUUACUGGACCAAAGUUGAUUUUAUUUCAGGUUGUAGCGGAAAGGUGAGUUAGAGCAGGUAAUAAUCAAACCUAAACAGUGUUUAUUUGACGUGUUUCCUGCGGAAGGAAGCGUUUGUUAGCUUAGCAUACAGUUAGCAUCCCUCCGUGGUCAGUUGGUUGCUCCAGAGUUUAUUAGUUUGAUUUCUCCUGACGGCGUAUUUUAACAAAGGAGAAACUAAUGAAAAUAAAAUGGCUUUUGCAAACCUGUUUGCGAAUCUGGCUCCUCUCAAUGGUGACGUGAAAAGUCCUGGAGAACCAGCCUUCACACACCCGGAAGAGACUGCGAAAAGAACAAGAAGCAAAGCCAGAAAGAGGAAAGCAAAAGAAGAGCAGCCUGGAUCUUACAUCAAAAAACAACGUUGUGAAGCUCAGACCACCACAACUUAUAACUUCAAAGACGAUAACAUCAAGGCCAGAGGCUAUCACACACCAAGUACUGACAGUGCACAGAUAGGUAAUCACAGUGACAAAGCUGCACACAAUAUCAGGCACAGCAAAGGUCAAAACUACAAAUCUGGACACAACUGUGAAGUGAACAAGCAGAAGCAUCAGAAAAAGAAGAUGAAGUGGCAGAAAAAUCAGCAUGAACCUAUGGAUAAAUGGACACAUUCAAAUAGAGGUGGAAGAGCAAUGUCGGGAAAAGGUGAAAGAGGCCAUCGAGAUAUCGAACAGAUGAGGCCACCAAGGUUCAUGACGCAAGAGUUCAAGGACCAGAAUGUUUUGACGGUGGACGGACGGUUAAUUUGCCGACAUUUCCUUUACGGGCGCUGCAUCAAGGGUGACAGCUGCCAACUGGAGCAUGUUCAGGGUUACAACGAUCUCAUCAAGUCAGCCUGCAAGUUUUACAUCCAGGGAUUUUGCACAAAAGGGGAGAGCUGCCCAUACAUGCACAAGUCCUUCCCUUGCAAGUUUUUCCAUACAAAAGGAAAGUGUUUCCAAGGAGCAGAUUGCAAGUUUUCCCAUGAACCACUAAAUAACGUCACUAACCGACUGUUGGAGGAGGCAUUAAAACGGGACAGUGACCUCUCUGAACUUACAAAGAAAGGUGAACAGGAGUCAUCAGGAGAGCAGCCGAACACACCCGAGUCGGAAAUUACUGAAGCAACUGAAACCCCUGAUCUCCUCACACAGCCACUCAGGCCUAACUUUUACCACAGCAGAGAUGCUGCAAAGGAAACCUUGUUGUGUACCACAGGAGAACAGUCUGACGUCACAGUCGAAGUUUUCCUUCCACACGCAUCAGACGCCGCCCCACCUCAGAGCCCUCCAUCAACCAGCAAUAAAGAGCCGGUCUGUUAUUCAGUGGAAGCUGUUCUUGGACCUCAGCUGUCCAGACCAUUCCCUCGUUUCUCUACUGCUCCUGGAAGUCAAGGAUCUACAUCUCUCUCUGUCCCGAGGACGUCUUCCGAUGCCACUUUGGACACCACAAACCCAAGUGAAGCCCCAUACUCUGUGGAUGCUGUCCUCAAGUCAUUUAAAUCAGUGGAAAAGUCACCCUUUGGCCAAACAUCAACCACUACAACUGUAAAAACUGUAUCCUAUACACCAAAAACUGACUGUGAAAGAAGCACCGAUCCUCUGCUGAACUCACAACAUGAGAAGAUUUUGUUAAAUACCAGAGAUGAAGCAAACAAGUCCCAGCAAAAAAUGUUCAAACAUCGACCAUCUGUCCAAAUGCAUACCGGCCUGAUCUCAAAAACCUGCCAUGACCUUUUGCUCACCACUGAGGAUCAUAAAAAUCAAUGUGGAAAUGCUGCAGAGUUCAUAAAAACUGCUCAAAGAACUUCUAAUGAAGUCAAACUGGAGUUGUUGGGUUCUCCUGUCACUCAAGCAGAAAAGUCUGCUUCCUCCCAAAGUAAAGGAGAUAUGAAAGAUAGUCUGACAUGUCCUCCUGCACAGCUGAAGCCACAUCUCUCUGGUCUGACAUCUGAUUUACAAUCUUCAACUAAGCCUUUUUCUCCCUCUGCAGGUUUCUCAGAGUUUAAAGGUAGCGCUAAGGUUCAACCUGUUUCUUGUUUUGAUACAAAAAGUGAUUCUUCAGACUCUCCCAGUCAUCAUUUUGCUGCAAAACAAGGCCCUGAAUGUGGCCUUAAACUUGGUACACUGCAGCUUUAUUCUGCUAAAAUGUCCCCAGAGCGCAGCAAUGAAAUGACAGUUGGAUGUAAGAAGAAUCAGAAAAAGCCUUUUCAUAGCCUUUUUGCAAACCCAAUAUCCGACAGCGUGAUGUCAGCUCAUUCUCAAGGCUUUAUUCAGACUCCACGCUGUGCAGAUUUCACAAGUAAAGAUCUUAAAACUGCAGUUGAACCUGACAAACCUCCAUCCAAGUCCUUCCUCAGCCUUUUCGCAGUGCCGCUCAUUGACACAGCUGCUUCGGCUCCAUGUUCGCGGUCUCAAGCUGAUGAUUCAAAGACUCCUCGCUGUAGACAAAAAUUAGUUGAUGAUGCAUUUCAUUUAUCCAAACGACGAGCGUCAUCUCCGUGUGUGGCUGGAACUGAUGCUACACAAACUCCUCACAGGCCGACGUCUCCUAACUUCUCCGCUAGUUCAAAAACGGAGUCUGCAAGUCAGCCAGUGAAUCCUGUUUGUAGGCUCAUGUCUGAUUCCCUCGGUGAGAUUCCCACCAGUCCUGCUCCUCUCAGUCUAAAUCCAUCCAUAGCUUCAGCUCAGCAACUGCUUCCCGACAUCUCAUCCCCCAGAGAUUCAGUUCUGAAAAGCCUCUUUCUGAGUCUGAGUCCAUAUCAAGAGGACAGACUGCAGCGGGACAGUAUUCAGAUCAGUCGUCCUACAGACUGAGAAAGCAGCCACAACAGAGCAGCAGUUCUGCUUUUAGACUCUCCAAAACUCCAGGUGUGACUGAACCUCAAGUGAGAAACUGACACACGUUCAAACAUGUGAUGCCGCUGCAGCAUCAAAUCCGACUGAUGCUCAGCUCAGAGAUGGUAAACGGCACCGUGUGAAACCACUCAACGACCUUUUUAAGGCGCCACUUUUUUUCCAUAUGUGACAUUGUUAACUACUGUGUGAAAUGGCAAUAACAAUCCUCACACUUUUUUGCACCUGAAGCUUUGACUAAAACAGCUCAAAAACAGUUUAUUAAUGUAUGUAUAUAAUUUACCAGUUAAUGUAUGGAGUCAUAGGAGUGCCACAAUAAAAUAUAAAUCUGUUAAAAAUAAGGAAUUAAUGUGUAAAUAUAAAGAGGAAUAAAUAAAUAAAAAGGAAAUUUUUGUCUUUCA